AUGAAAACACUCGAUAUGGAGCUAGUUGUUAAAUAUUUACUCUUAACUCUGGCAUUGACUUCUGUUCAAAUAUCGCACACCGAGAGUCGGCUUAAUGAAAAACGUAGAGACAAAACUGAUAGACGACAUCAUUUUAUAAAAGUUAUGGAUAAUUUGUGUGAAAUCGCGAAUAGAGAAUCUAAAGUACAUUGUUACUGUGAAAGUACUGAAAUAAAUGCUGCCACUAGAGCCGAUUGCUGGGUGUUCAAUGGUGGCAUUAAUGAAAGUGAUCCAAUAUGGGCUAGCUUUAAUUCUCAACAGAAUUUGGAGAGACUCACUUUUAAUAUCAGAUCGGAUGGAGCUCUGACAUUCAUUCCUUUACAAGUGAUUAAACGCCUUAAGAGAUUGCAAAAACUGUAUAUACACUAUGCAACACUUAACAAAAUAGAAAAAAGAACUUUUACAAAUAUGACGACUAUAAAAGAAAUAACCUUAACGAAUAACAAAAUUACAGAAUUAGACUUAUUUUCGUUCACAGCACUUCCGUCACUUGUAAAUUUGACAAUAAAGGAAAAUAAAAUAAUCGAGAUACAAAGAGAUGUUUUUGUUGACUUACCGAGUUUAAAGUAUCUAGAUUUGUCAUUCAAUAAUAUUAAUAUGGCCCAUGAUGAAUGUUUUGAACAUCUGGUAAUACUUAACGAACUACAAUUGGAGGCGAAUUCACUUGCUGUUAUCACCAGAGGUACUUUCCGUGGACUUGCUAAUUUGACAAGAUUGGAUUUAAGAUCAAACAAGCUUUCAAUGAUCGGCGAUUUAACGUUCACAGAAUUGUGGAAUUUGAAUGAGCUUCUUUUAGAUAACAAUGAAUUGAAAUAUUUAUCUGAAAGAGCAUUUGACGGGCUCGCUUUGCUUGAGAAAUUAUCUAUGACCGGUAAUCAAUUGCAAUGUAUUAAUGAAGGUCUAUUGGAAGGUAUUCGAGGCCUUAAGUUAUUAGAUUUAAGAAAUAAUCAACUGGAAACUUUUUCUUUAGAUACAGUCAAACCAGUUUUAGAAAAUUUGAAGAAUACAAUUUCGGUCCUGUACUUGAGCGGUAACAAAUUUAAGUGUGAUUGCCGACUAAGUUGGAUUAAGUCUCUUCAAAAUGAAACUAAGAGUGAAACUGUUAGAUUAGCUUUAAGUGGAGUAACUUGUACUUUUGCUGAACAAUCAAAUUCGCAUCGUGAAUUGAAAGCGAACACUAAAGACGUAACAUUAGACAAAGUUGAAGAUGUAUUUGAAAUCGGUACAAACAGUAACCUGUUGCAACAAAAUUACGAAGAAUCUUACGAGGAUAAUUCGGCAUAUAAGUUUGAUAGUACAGAAAAACCAGUUAUAGAUGAAUUAAUAUUAGUAGACAUACCUAUUGAAUCUUUACCCUGUCCCGGUGAAACACUGCUUAAAAAUGAAGAUUCGCUAAUGUUGUCGUCCAAAGGUGAAAGUUAUUGGCUACAAAGUUCAAGUUCAAGAAACAAUUUAAAUAAUGCUGUCACAUUAGCGUUUAUUGUAUUAUCAAAACUUUACUUGAAUUUCUAA